AGACUCCGAUGAAACGGCCGUAGUAUCGCUGCGCGCGCGCAGGCGACUUUCGAAAUCACAUUUUCUAACGUUCAAGUGUCAUGACUUUGUGAAAUAUCGGCACCUUUCGUAAAUAUCAAUUUGUGUUAGUGAGAUGUGAUUGUCAAGUGUGCUUUAAAUUUUUGUGGAUUGCGUUUUCAUAUCUAAACGAUACACAAUGGGUCUCAUGCGAUGAGCGAGGUGCUGGUGGCGCUGGCGCUGCUCUCGGCGGGCGCGCACGCUCAGCUCCGGCCGGCCGACGCGCCGUACAUCAACGACACACGAUGCGGCCCCGAGUGCGUGCGCUGCGCGGCGGACGGGUGCGUCAAGUGCGCUCGUCUGCUCGUCUGGCCGGGCGGAGUGUGCGCCCACGAGUGCCCCGCGGGCACGCGCGAGAGCUGGGCCCACGACGACCACCUCAUGGGCCGGGUGUGCUACCCCGCUUCUACUUAUAAUGAAGUGUUAGUGGGCGGGGCAUGCGGUGCGCUGGUGUGCAUAGCGCUGGUGGCGGCUAUAGCUGCCUACACGCGGUGUCGCGGCGGCGCGCGGGCGCAGGCCCAGCCACUGCCACAGCCGCAUCGAGACGAUGACGCGCAGCUGCGGGAGUUCCACAAACAGCUGGACUGUUUACGACCUCACGCGUACACUCUGCUAGCAAUAUUGAACCACACGAGGCACCAAGUGCGAGAGCUCUACCAACUUGGAAACAACGAUGCUGCUGUAGCCUACAGUUGUGUGCUGAGCGACCUUGCGAAAUUACUCAUUCUGCUUAACAAGGCACAAGUGCCUGUCGUUCCAGAGGAAUGGCCACGACUUGCCAGUUGGGCAGAAAGAAUUUUAAAACGGUACAGCCGGAUGAGUGUAGGCCAGCAGCAGCAAGGGCAGUUGGUGAACUUCCUGCCGUCUCCACCGAGUCAGAGGUCGGACUCGGACACGACCACACAGUCCUUCACCACCUUCAAACCACCGUCAUAUUCCCCGACCUCCUACGAGAGCCACAUUCUAGACAAAGAUUUAGAAAACCAGAGCGAAUGGAGCGACGCGGGAAGACCACCGAGCUAUUCCCAAAUAGAGAGAGAAACGGAGACUAUCGUCCUCUCAGACCCGUGGGAGAGGCGACCGAUAGUCAGGAGGGAGAGUGUGUGGUUGGAGGACGAACUCUUCGAAAUGACGAGGCGGCCGCAGGACGAACUUACCACAGAAUUGUAGCAAUGUUAAUGUUAAUUAUAGUUCGAUAUGAUUCAAAUAGGAAUACCUACGUCUACCCUCACUAAUCUCUGUUAUUACCUUACCUAAAAAAAAAAAUAAUAUAGUCGGAUGCAAUAUAUUUGACGGUUUCGAGCAUCAUGUGUUAACCAGGGCGUAUAGGGUCACUCGCAGCUAAAUUUCGGAGACGACAUAAAGUUGCAUCCGACUAUACAAAUUACCAAAUGGAUUAUAAUAGUUACAGAACAUAGAACGCUUGUAUAAUAGUAGUGAUUUCGUUUGGUUUACUUCAAUAAGCGUAAUAGCAAAUAUUUACCUAUACCUACAGGUAAAGUCAAUCUAUUCUAGAAAAUUCGUUUGCCUUUUGAAUGUAGUCAUUACAACAUAAGUUGUGCAGCCAUUUUCAUUUGAUUAUUAUAAACUACCCGCAAAUUUGUAUUUAACUUUUUUAUUUUUAAAGUUUGUAAAGUUCUAUCUUUUACAAAAUUACGUCCCUACCUAAAUACUGUAACAUUAUAACUGGAGUUAACCGGAGAUCCAAACGACGAUAAUUAUUACUUUUUGAAUCAUAUUAAUAUUCAUAGAUAUAAAUUAUUAUUUUAAACUUUUGCAAAUCUGGCAAGUACAAAUCUCACUAAUUACUUUCUUGUUUACUUCCUUACGUAGGUUUAUUUGUAGAUGUAAUAAAAACAAUACCUACCUGUAUAUUUCAGAACGGUGCUUAUGAAGCUAUGUUUUAUGCACUUUCAUGAGAUUAUAAAUAUCGUUUUAUCAACACUUAAUAAAUAAGGUUAAUAUAAUUACUCAUAACCUACGAUUUGUAUUGGCACUACUAAUAUUUUUAGAUUAACUACACAUAGACAGGUAGGACUAUUUACAGACGGAUGUAAUGAUGUUUAAUACUUCUCGGAAUUUCGUCCUUUAAAUUUAAGUAUCAGCGGUUGCGUAGGGGCGACACCCCGCGCGCGCCUUCCGCCCACCUCAAGCAUCAAGCGUCUUAACUUUACGUAUGACCUGCGCACAAAGAAACUCGCAGCAUAUUUUCAAGACUUUAUAAAGAUUGCAUCCGACUAUACCUAAUGAAGCACGGCAUGACGGCAGUGCCCCCAAAAGUAUGGUGGUGAGAUAAGCGCAGGGCAGUACCUACCUGUACUUGAAGCAUUUUGUUGUAUUUCUGUAACCUUUUAUAUUGGUCCUAAUACUAAUAGACAGACAAAAUUCUCAGGGUAGGAUGUAACUAAAUUACAUACUAAACAAGCUAUAUUUUGAUUAAGGUGUACCUACAUGUAGUUAAGCGUACCUAGAGUUUGAAAACUAGGAUUCCCGCGGAGCGCUACACCUAAAUAUGACUCUAGUACGCCUAAAUAUGACUCUAGUACACCUAAAUAAGACUCUGUAAGCAAUUUGAGCUGUUUAAAGCAUCAGAAUUCACGACCUUAGCUAAUCUUCAAGCGUUUUUUGUCUUAUGGCUUACUUUGUACCUACCAAUUUAAGUAAGUUUUAACAUUAAGACAUAGAUUUAAGUGCAAUAAAAUAUUAAUUAGUAGGUAUAAUGUAUAAGAUCGCCAAAAAUACAACGAAAAUAAUCCUAAGCAAUAUUACGUUCUGAUGUUGAUAAUUUGUUUGUGACUUUUCAUCAUUGUUAUUAAAAAAAAUGAAUGCACACAUUAUAAUUUUAUUUAAUGUCAUUUUCCUUAAGAUCUUCUUAUUGACUUUUACUAGUAUUGGUUCUUAAUACUUAGCAUUCCAUCCAUUCAAAAAAACGUUCGGGUGCCGGAUCCAUCGUGAUUCGUGUAGCCGAGUAGAGUCUGAGAUUUGUAACCCGAGUCUAUACUGAGGUUCAUAUUUCCACCAUCAUCCGCUUGUGGUCGUUAAUGACAACAACAUUAUCACCCUAAGCCCGCCAACCCGAAUUAGAGCAGCGUGGUGGGUUGACGCUCAGCAUCCCCUGUCCUAUUAAGGAGGGAGGCCUGAAUCUUGACCCUGUAGUAGGCCGUUAAAUUAAGCUGAUGAUUUAAAAUAAGUUAUGAACUUUUAAAAUCUGUGCUUAACUGCUUACUAUACAUUUUCCCCUCAGACUAAUUAUAAAAGGACCUGUCUGGCUAGACGUUACCCCUUUGUCAAAGAUCAAAAUAUUAGAAUCGGACUACUUUAGUAUUUCAGUACGAACGUACGAACGAUUUUUGGGCGGUAAAUCCAAAAAUUGUUUGUACUUGACGUACUUGACUAAGAUAUAAGUCUAUAAGUCUGUACGGCCUCUUAUUGUGUCAAAACAUGUGUCACUUGACACUGGCGAUGCGCGGAGCCAAAAAAUCAAGAAGAAGCAUUUAAUAUAGGUUAUCUCAUCAAAGUUGAAUUUCAUUUCUAGACCAGUCCCCAAUCGUAAGAGAGAGAGAGGAAUUGUUUAGUUCUGCUACUACCCAUCUCUAGAAAUACUUAUUAUAAGCAGAGUGACUAUCGGAUUCCAAAAAAUAUUAAAUUGUAAGGAUAAUAUAUAGGUGUCAAAGGGAUAAUGUUAUGGGCUAUGAAAAUAAAUAUGAAAUGAAUAAAAACUGCACUUA